AUGAACGUGAAGUCUUCUGGUGCGUCACCCGAUGAGGUGGAUAUGGAUUUGGGAGGAGCUGGUGACAUCCCAGACGAAAACCUUGAGGCUGCUGACAUCGCCAUCGGAAUUGACUUGGGCACUACGUACAGUUGUGUCGCAGUCCAGCGGGAAAUGGGGGUAGAGGUGCUUGCCAAUGACCAGGGUAACCGUACUACGCCGAGCUACGUGGCUUUUGAUGAAACGCAAAGGUUGGUUGGCGAUGCAGCGUGGAAUCAAGCAGCCAGGUACGAUUACUACUAUAACUUUUAGUUACCUCGCAUACGUUUAGGUUUACGUGUACGUGUAGGUAAACUGGAUGAAGCUAGUGUAGAAUUAGAGUUAAUAUUUUCCUACGACCAGUGUUUGCGUUAGUUUAAAAAGUUCAGAAAUUGAAUCAAGAUCUUCUUCUCGAACACGAACAGAAAUCCGUUAAACACGGUAUUUGACGUCAAGCGCCUAAUUGGGCGAAAGUUCCGUGAUGAGGAGGUGCAACGGGAUAGGGAGUUGUGGCCUUUCCGCGUCGUUGGGUGUCCUCGGAAGGGAACUCCGAAAGUUCGGAUUACGAUGAAGGGUGGCGAAACCAAGGACUUCGAUCCUGAGGAGAUUUCAGCAAUGGUGCUGGGCAAAAUGAAGGAGACGGCUGAAGCGGUACUGAAUAAAAAGGUAUCGAAAGCGGUUAUCACAGUUCCGGCAUACUUCUCAGAUUCACAACGACAGAGCACGAAAGACGCUGGGAAAAUUGCAGGACUAGAAGUAAUGCGAAUCUUGAACGAGCCAACCGCGGCGGCUAUCGCGUAUGGCAUGAACACUGCGGAGGAAAGAGGAAGUGAUUAAAUCAUGUUCGAACCCACCUACCCAAGAUAUGAUUAUGAUGUUCAACUACUACUAAUCGACCACGACUUUCAACAUUUAUUUUUUUGUCAUAAAAAGUCUUUUCCUUUUUAUUUGUUUCUUCUAGAAUUUUCAGAAGAGAUAUUAAGCAUCAUUACAUGAACAUGAAGAUGAACGAAAUCAUGUGCAUGCCCCGACUCUUUUCAGGUGAUGAACGAAAUAUACUCGUGUAUGAUUUGGGUGGUGGUACCUUCGAUGUUUCGAUCUUGCAGCUGGAAGAGAACGUGUUUGAGGUGAAGGCUACUGCCGGCGACACGCACUUGGGCGGCGAAGACUUCGACUCGCUGCUGGUGGACCAUUGUGUAAAGGAAUUUGAAAGAAAAAAUCCAGGUUUGAUCGAAGAAACAAACCGCAAAGAACAGGAGAGCAAGUCAUCGGAAUCCUUUUUCGGGGAGUUUGGUGGGCUUUUCGACUACGCGACAGGAGGAUCAAGCAGCGUGGACGAUCCGCGGCAAAGCCAGUUCAAUGCGUCCAGCGACGGACGCUACUUCGUUUCUGGCAAAAAAAUGACGCAGGAGGAGAUGGAAGCGAUGAUGAUGAAGCGCAUGAACUCACGUGCCCUGCGCCGUCUCCGGACGCAGUGUGAGCGUGCGAAGCGCACCUUGUCGGGUUCCACUCAGGCGACCAUCGAGGUGGACGCUCUGUACGCAGGCACAGACUUCAAUACUCAGAUUUCGCGAGCCUUUUUUGAUAAACUGUGCGAUACUCACUUGAAAAGAACACUGAAGUUCGUGGAUGAUUGCUUGAGAGAAAGCGGCGUGCGCAAACAGGACAUCCACGAUGUGGUUAUGGUGGGCGGAAGUUCGCGAAUUCCUCGGAUUCACUCUUUGCUGGAUGAGUUCUUCGGUUUUCAAGCACAUUUUGCUAGUGGUGGGAAAGACGACGAUGGCAAUCAGCGUGAGUCGCAGGGCCGUCGUGUGGCAAGCGUAAAUCCGGAUGAAGCCGUGGCCUACGGAGCUGCGGUGCAGGCGGCGAUCUUGACAAAACACCAUCAGGGUCCAGACGUGCUUUUGCUGGACGUGACGCCAAUCUCGUUAGGCAUUCAGACGGCCGGCGGAGCCAUGACAACAGUGAUUCCGCGAAACACCACUGUCCCCGCCAAGAAGGUCCGCGGAGGCUUUUCCACCGCUGCCGAUAACCAACGAGAAGUCCUGGUUCAGGUCUUCGAGGGCGAGCGGCCCUUGACCAAGGACAACAAUAUGCUGGGAAAGUUCACAUUAACCGACAUCAAGCCCGCUCCGAGGGCGGCGCCUAAGAUCGAGGUGACCUUCGACAUUGACAAGGACGGCAUUCUCUCCGUGCAGGCUGAAGAGCUCUCCGGAGGAAUUUCAAGGACAAUCCAGAUCUCCAAUGAGAGUGGGCGUCUGACGAAGGGUGAAUUGGACCGGCAUAUUCUGGACGCGGCGCGUUUCAAUGCGCAGGAUCGCGAGAUUCGUGCCAUCUUGAAGGUGCGCAACAGUUUGGAAAAUUAUUGCUACAACGCAAGAAAGACGCUGGAAGAAUCCUCUGAGUUCGAACGUCUGGUGAGGGGUAGCCUGCGAAAGAAGGGCCUGCAGGCCAUCAAGCGGACUCUGGACUGGCUCGAAGCCAAUCCAAAUCCAGAACUAGCAGCGCUGGAAAAGAUCCGAGAUGGCCUCGAAGCGAUCGUUAGCCCGAUGCUCAAAAAACAGUACACGAGCGUGGUGCCGGGUGCAGGCAAUGGGGAAACAGGGAAAAAGAAAAGGUUCAAGGGUUUGUGCGGCUGUAUUACUGGCGGCGGGGACCGAUAAGGCCACAAGAACACGAAGACCCGCACGGUAGGAGUCAGUGCUUGCUGUGGGAGAGCUUGGGGAGAAGGACAAACAAGAAAGAACAAGAAGAAUCUUUUCCAUUUUGGCGGAAUAUUACUGGACCACCGAGACCCGUUGUAGAGCAGCGAUUCCUAAUCCGCAUAGAAAUUAUGCAGAGAGUUCGUCCUCAUUGUGUGCUUUUCAUUUCUUAAAGCACAUCCACAUCCUUUGGACUUGAUAGGGCUAUGGGUAGAAGUCACUCAUAUUUUGUGGAGAAAGACAACGAUAUGAUCGAUGCUGAUGGUUGUAGUUCGUGUAGUUGACGAUCUGGUGGGUGAACUACCGCAUGCCCAUUUAGCUGAUGAUGUCCGACUCUGCUCUAGGGAAGGAUAUACCUUUUAUGCCUUGAGAAAGUGUUGAAAUUGUAAAAGUAAAUGUGUUUGUUGACUCGACGGAGGGGGUCCUCAUUUGCCCUUGCCGGACGUUCUUUACCAGCUUACUUACAAGUAAUAAUAAUAUCAGAAUCAGAGGGAGUCGAAGUUGAAGUAUCGAGGAGCACGGUGCUGCACGUCCACGCUUGCAGCCUU